AUGGCGUCUUUUGACGUGAUCUCAUUGUUCAUCGCCAUCCCACCCGCGCUGGCUAUCGACGCAAUUGACGGUUUUCCCCAGAAAAAGUAUGAUGAGACCGACCAACUGCUGAAACGAGCACACACCAUCGAGCUCCUAAAACUGCGUCUUAAGACCUUCUUCACAUUCAACGGCCACGUCUAUGAGCAAAAGUUGCGGACACCGAUGGGCUCGCCUCCGUCUAGACUAAUUGUCGAAGUUGUUCUGCCAAGGCUCGAGCACCUGGUCCUCAGCUCGUACCCCCCAAAGUUCUAG